CUUUGUUUAGAAUUUAAAUCUUUUAUGUAUUUCACAAGAUAGCUUGAAAUUAACGAGCUCGAUUAAUCAUACUGCUGAGUAUCCAGGCGUCCAUAAUUAAAUAACCGUCCGCAAACUACGCAGACAUGCACUGCCUGCUGUGUUGUCUGUUUUGACAGGUGACAGGCGAAUGGUUGCUGGGAAGUUCAUAUGAUAUAAUCGACGAGGAAGCGAGUGAGUGGUAUUUGUUUGCGGAAAUUAUGAUUUUUAUUAGGCUAUGUGACUGGAACUAGUACUGUAUGUCAACCAAAGAGAGUCUUGAUUUCGUGAUCCAAGAUAUCUUACAACUUUGUUGAGUUAAUUGCGACCAAUGUAUAAAUCACUCCACCAGCAGAAAGGAAGAUAAUACGUAUAACUGGUUGGAAGAUAAGCAUUUCUGUUGAAACUUAUGACUGUGUUACCAGCCAUCUGACUGUUUAUGUCGCCAUGCGAUUAUUCAUUUUUCCACUGGUGGUGGCUCUGAUAAUUGCUCUGAAUAGUACAUAUGCAGAUGUCAUUGUUUACUCAGUGGAUUUGCCCCCUCCGAUUGCUGAAUUCCGGGAUCUACCUGCGCGAUUUGGAGAUGGAAUUCCUUCUGAUGGUCUGAAGGGAAUGUUGGUACUUGCUAAUCCACUAAAUGCAUGCUCUCCCAUUGAGCCACCGCCACAGGAUUCCGAUGGAGAUCUCCUGGCUGUAUGGAUGGUGCUGAUCAAAAGGGGUGAUUGCACCUUUGAAAGCAAAGUUAGGAAUGCACAGAAUGCCAACUACAGUGCUGCAAUAGUCCACAAUGUAAAUUCUAGUAUUCUCGAGACAAUGACUGCAAAUCAUCCUCAGGGAAUCCACAUUCCAUCAAUUUUUGUUAGUGAUGCAACUGGCACAUCACUGAAAAACAGAUAUCUUUUUAAAUAUGGUUACUAUAUUGUCAUUACUGAUGACAUUCCUUUCAACAUAAGUGCCACUCUGCUGUUGCCUUUUGCCAUUAUUGUGGGGCUCUGCUUCUUGAUUAUGCUCAUCAUCAUGGUUGUUAGAUGUAUACGAAACAGACGUCGUGAGAGACGUCACAGGCUACCGGCAUCAUCUCUUCGUAAAAUACCCACUGCAAAGUUUCAGAAAGGUGAUCCAUAUGAAACCUGUGCCAUCUGCCUGGAGGAUUACAUAGAGGGUGAUAAGCUUCGCAUUCUGCCCUGUUCACAUGCAUACCACAGCAAGUGCAUAGACCCAUGGUUAACACGGAACAGAAGAGUGUGCCCAGUUUGUAAAAGACGUGUAUUUGCUCAUGAUGAGCAUUUGUCUGAGACAGAAAGCGACACAGACACCGAUGAUACCACACCUCUUCUUCGCCAGCCCUCUCAUGUCACUCAAGGUGGAACCUUCACACCAGCAUCAUCUGAUGUUGGGGGGAGCAGCAUCACAGGUGGAAGUACAAAUCGUGUUGAACAGAAUGAUUCGGCUGCAGAUCUGUCACGGUCUGCACCAGCAGCUUCUUUACCCCGAGGAAUUGCACGUCACAUUGGUAGACGACGCAGACUCUUCCAUUCAGUGCAGCCUGAAGUGGCACAUCAGCGGCUCCAGCCACAGCAAGAUUCAGAAUCUGUCACCUCAGAGUCCUCUUCUGCUUCAACAGAAACCUCAUCUGAUUACUGGGACAGUUUGUAUGCGUCAGCCGAAGCUCCAGAUGAGGCACAGCAGCAAGGUAAUGUGAUGUUUUGUGAGAGAGGACCAACUGCAGUGCCAACAGUUUCAGGAGAACAUUCCAUAAAUGGUGAUGGCCAAGUCCACAGCCCUGCAAGUGGUAACAGCAGGACACACGAUGUUGUUGUGUGAGAAUUGUUGUUCAAUAAGGGUUGAUGCGUAUGUAACAAGGGCACUUCCCAAGUGCAUUGUAGCAGGUGCUUAGCAGAGCUGCAUGCUCCUAGAAAUAUUCUUGUAUUGUUCUAUCAGAUUCUGUAUUAUCAACAUCUUUCUUCCCUGUACCACUUCUCCUACCCCCGUGAUGUUACAAAGAUGUCAAGCUUUUGUAGGUUCUGCAUGAAAUUAAAAGUUCACACACAAACUACUUCCACUUUUGUGGUCUUUGCAGGGUCUGCUGUUCCUUGUGAGCAUGAAUAUUUUCCAUCAAGGAGCUGUUGCAUUCUCAUAGAUCACAUGAAUGAUAUAUUAUUACAUUGAAGAUUUGUUUAAAACGUGGCUCGUGUUGGGGAGAAAAACUUAGUGUUUCACACUAUGGUUAAAAAAAUCACUUUACAGCCACAAUCACUGUUGUGGGCUACAAACAAAGUAUUUUAUAUAACAUCCAUAACUAAUUUAUAGCUUUUGUAGUAGUGUCUCAACCUUGAUAAGCAAGGUGUUAUUUGUUUGGAGUAUUUCUUGGGAAUAAUGCAUUUUCAUCUAGGGGUAAAGUGAAAAAUGUACAUAUUAAUGUGUUAAUUUACUUACUUCUUUGGUCAUAUAAAACUUAUGUGAUGAUGUUUGGUAGUGAUCUGACAAUGCCUCAUGGAAGCAAGAUAAUUUUUAAAUGUGAAAAUGUAUUUAACUUAAUAUAUGGCCUAUAAUUAGUGUAAAGCUAAAUAUUAUAAAUAUAUUAUCAGUAGGUGGGAAGGCAAAAAUGAAUGUGUGCUUGAAGCUGCUUUUAUUGUUCUCACUAUUAAAAGAGAUUUUUUUUUUUAAUUUUAGAUGCACACUCAUAACAUUUUCCUUAAUAUUACCAUUUAUGCAGCCAUCAGUUUCUGUGGUCCAUUAGUAGAAGUAUUAUCAUCAAACAUUUUUCAAAGCAGUGUUAUUGUUAAUUGAUGGACGUAGCAUAGUGACAACAUUUGCGCUUGUAAUUAAGUAACUGAAUAGUACUGGUUCACUUUCUGCACCAGAUUUUAUUUCGUAUUAUGAGUCCAUCACUCCUCUCACAAUGGAGUCCAUGCUACAAAUAUACUUUUGUUACUAAGUAACUAAAUUAUGAAUGAUUUAGCAGUGAUAGCUAUGAUCACACUUUUAAGGGUUUUUCCCCUCCCUUAAUGCCCUCUGAUGAGAGGACGACUUAAAUUUUAAAAGCUGUAUUUUAAUUAGCUGUGAACAAUUUGUAGAUGAUGCAAUUUAGGUUCAGUUCUUCCAUCUUCAACAUGUGUUGCAUUUUCAGCUAAAAAUAUCAGUUAACUGAGAUAGUGGAUCAUUUCUGAGUUAUGAAAAAAUUGAUUGAAUAUUCAUCGCUUUAUUGAAACUGUAUAUCGUGUGUAAAGAGCCCGUGUAACCACUGGUGUUUAUUUUACACAUGGUGCUACUACAUUUGUCUGUCUUUGUAUAACCCAUGUUACAUAUAUACGUAUGUGUGGGGUGGGGGGGGGGGGAGUGAGAGUGUGAGUGUGAGUGAGUCAUCAUUCGUACCUUUUUAUAAUUGUAAACCAUAAAUUGUGGGAACUGCUUUUAAUGGUGUCUGUAGUUUCCUUCCAAACUGAGCUGUGUAAUCACCUAAUUGCAGCUAUGGUCAGUAUACAAAAUAUAUGCAGGAUUAUGUACCUUUAAGGAAUUCAUUUUUAAAAUGAGCAGUAAAACUUCAGUACACUAAAUCUGAAUGAGACUGUGAUAUUAUUGUUGCCAUAACACGUAAGAAAUAUGUAAAGUGUUGUUAUUUAUUGUAAAAAGAUUUUAUAGUUCUGCAAAAUAAAAUAUUUUUGUUUCACCAACA